CGCAUGCGUAUUUACCCGAUGUCGACGUCGGCUUUUAGAACAUACGUGGCCUUUGCAUAGAGCAGUCACAUAAAUAGGUCUUCAGAAGAGAACUCCGGAUCAAAACCUUUCCAACAUGGACCAAGUAAUGCAAUUUGUGGAGCCCAGCCGGCAGUUUGUGAAGGACUCAAUAAGGCUUGUGAAGAGGUGUACCAAGCCAGACAGAAAAGAAUUCUCAAAGAUUGCAAUGGCCACAGCAAUAGGUUUUGCUAUCAUGGGUUUCAUUGGUUUCUUUGUCAAACUCAUCCACAUCCCCAUCAACAACAUCAUUGUUGGUGGUUGAAUAUCUCUCUGGACUGACUGACUGCAACAAGACAUGGGUUCAAAUGCCGAGAAGUGUUUUUUUUCUUCUUUGUAUAUUAUUAUCUUCAGUUCAUAUUUGUUUGCUCUGUAAAUAAAUCUGACUUAGUAAGAA